GUUUCAAGACGUGGUGGACGUCGUCUACAAGAGCGCAAACGUGGAAACAUUUAUAGAACGCCGGCGGUGUCGACGUUGCUAGUUUUAUUUUGAACCGCGUGUCGCGUAGUUUGUCGUGUGCAACACUUUGGAAACCUACUUUCAAGAUGAGCAACAUUGAACUCUUCACCGAGGACCGCCUCGAAUACAACUUCUUCCCGAAUGAUACGGGAUUCGUCCAAUUCCGUGUUAAAGCUGCGCAUGAUGCGCACAUCGCGCUGUGCACACAAGCCGCUGAAAUCGACCCAAUGUACGAAAUUUUCAUAGGGGGAUGGGGAAACACCAAAUCCAUCAUUAGGAAGAACAGAACCAAGCCCGACGUCGCUGAAGCACCCACCCCAAACAUUCUGAAUGAAAGCGAAUUCCGCGGGUUCUGGAUUCGUUGGGAGAAUGGCACCAUCUCCGUGGGUCGCGAAAACGAAGCCGCCCCGAUCUUGUCCUGGACCGACUUCGAAAACAUUCCCAUCGAAUACGUCGGGAUUUGCACCGGAUGGGGUGCAACCGGAGACUGGAUUGUCCAGCCGCCUCAACCUCAAGGAGGAGCUGGCCGCGUACCUCGUGGAGCAGCCGGUACCCAAUGCUGGGUAGCUUCCAGUAGCGGCCAGGUACCACCCAGUGCUUUUGCCGGCGGGGAAGAUAACGGCGAACCUGUCUACGUCAUCAGAGCGCAGUACAAUGGAGCCCUCCUUCCAGGGAAAUUGAUUCCCAGUCACGGGCAGGCCUACGUCGCAUGGGGAGGGGCUGAGAACACUGUACAAGAGUACGAGGUACUGUGUGAUUUCCCCGGCCAGUGGGUCGCCUGUUCCGGUGGCAAUAUUCCCGGAAACGCUCUCCCCGGAGGCCAGUCGGAAGACGGCGAGGCCCUCUUUGUCGGCAGGGUGGUGCACGACGGGAGCUUGACCGUGGGCAAAAUUCAACCCAGCCACGGCGUACUGUACAUCCCAUACGGAGGCCAAGAAUUGUCAUUCUCCGAUUACGAGAUUCUCGUACAAUAAAUGACGACAUAAGAACUGAAUAAUAUUUAUAUUGUCGCUUUGUUGCUGCCUAUAUAACGAUAUACUAUAUUUUUACUGUAUAGAGAGUAAAAUUGCGUAGGAACUUGUGUAAGCGUCGCAUAGGAACGGCGAUGAAUGGCUUUUAGGUGCCUUUGUAAUAGAGUGCCUGAAAUUUUUUUGAAAUUCGACGUAUUUAGGCAGAAAGGAUAUUAUUUAUUCGUAUUAAUUUUGUAGCAUUUUUGUUGUUUAUUGUUAAGUACACACCAUAAUUUUGUAAGUCUGUUUUUUGAGUACAAUAAAAUUGUAUUUUCACCA